AACAUCGCCGACAGCUCCCUUUCCGACCCUGCUGGUAUUCCGACCCUCCCCACUCUCUAUUUUCGCCUCUUUCCGUGUUCUUUUGCCAUGGCUUUCUUUCCCCACCACCACCUCCAGCAGCCGCCGCCGCCGCCUAAUACCUACAGAAGCAGGAAUUUUGCGCCGGCCGAUGGCCAGACCACCGCUCCGAUCGCCUUCUUCAGCCCCACGAGUUUCCCCGACCAGGCCCAGCCUUCUUGUAAUCUCUCCCUCGUUCAUGUCAUGGGACUCGCCCCGGGCUCCGUUCCCGCGGCCGAUGGGGGAUCGAAUGGGUGGGAGCCGAGGAGUAAGAAGCUCAAGGAGCAGGACUUCCUGGAGAACUCGCAGAUCUCGUCCAUCGAUUUCCUGCAGACGGGGUCGGUCUCGACCGGCUUGGGGUUGUCGUUGGAUGAUCGGAGGGUGGCGGCAUCCUCUGGGGAUUCGCCGCUGCCCCUUCUUCCUAUGAUUGACGAGGACAUCGAUCGAGAGGUUCAGAGGAUGGACGCCGAGAUGGACCGCUUCAUCAAGAUUGAGGUUGAGCGCCUUAGGCAAUCAAUACUGGAGAAGGUGCAGACAAAGCAAUUUCAGACAUUGGCUUCCGUCGAGGACAGCAUCCUGAGAAAAAUGCGAGAAAAAGAAGCGGAGGUCGAGGAGAUCAAUAAGAGGAACACGGAGCUUGAGGAGCAGAUGAAACAGUUAGCCAUGGAAGUUGGUACGUGGCAGCUUCGUGUCAAGUACAAUGAAAAUAUGAUCACUCACCUCAAGUAUAGUCUCGAUCAGGUGUAUGCCCAGAGCAGGGAUAACAAAGAAGGGUGUGGUGAUAGUGAGGUAGACGACACGGCCUCUUACUGCAAUGGAGGAGUCAUCAAUUUACAGCUAAUGUGCAAGGAGAACAAGGAAAUGAAGGAUUCAAUGGCUUGUAAGAUAUGCAAACACAAUGAGGCAUGUAUGCUUUUGUUGCCCUGCCGACAUCUUUGCCUCUGCAAAGAGUGUGAGAGCAAGCUGAGUUUCUGCCCGCUGUGUCAGUCCUCAAAGUUUAUCGGCAUGGAGAUCUAUAUGUAAUGAAAUAUUGUUGUAUUGAAAAUCCAGUUCAUCCAGCAGGUUUGUCCUCAAUUAUUAUUGACUGGCUGCUGUGAAUAUCUCUCGGACUUAAAUUAUAGGACGUCCAGUGAAUAUGUCAUACAUUUACCAUUACUUGGACUUCUGAGUCAUUCUGUAAUGUGCUUUAUAUGUGCCCUUGUAAUUGAACUCUCUCCUAAAAUUUGUUGUUUCAUUUGACUUUCUCAAUGUUUUUCAAACAAUUCGGAUGUUCUGAACGGUCAAUUGACGCGUACUCA